AUGGAUGCGGACGAGAAUAAGAGCAAAGAUAAUUCGAAUACUUCGAUACUGCGUAAUGUAUCCAUGAGGAGACCUAGAAGAGGUACUUUGAGUGGUGGCGAUGGUACUUCAAAUACUAGUGCAAAGCAAAAAAUUGCAACUGCUAUCAAUCACAUUGUACACAGACGUGCUUCGCUUUCAACUCAAAGACCAAAAGAUUUCCUCGCUGGGAUAAUUAUACCCCCACUUCGCCCUCCUAGUACACAUAGUUCGCAUCAUUUACCUAUAUCACCUACACAAUCGUCUUUCCCAUUAUCUGCUACUGCUGAAGAAGGUUCUUUGGUUGAAAACAACAUUGACGCUUGUAAUGGUUCAGUUAAUAAGAUUAAUCAUAAUAAUCCACACAGCAGACGUUUUGGCCCUCAUGGAUCUUCAUCUCAAUAUCCUAAUUCAUCUAGUUCAUCGGUUUCUUCUCAAAAAAAACAAACUUCGUCAUUAUUUUCAAGAGACAAUAAAAAUGUACCAAAAGAUGAUCGAAUGGAUAAAUUACUAAAGAAAGCAAAAAACUUUCUAGAUCAUAGACAACGACCGAAAUCAAGAAUAGCUUCUUUAUGGAGUUUUAUCGAUGUUUCAAUUGAAUUUGAUCAAGCCCAAUUCUUUCAACAGCAUGCUGAAGAGGUUUUCGAUGUAAUUCACAAAUCAUUUAUGAGCCAAGUUGAUAAAAUUAAACAAAAAUCAGAACGUCCUAUGUCAUUUUCAUCAAAAGAAUUUUUAAAUAUAAAUAAGACUCUACUUUUAUUACGAAAAGUAUUUUUAUUUUUACCGGAACGAAUAAGGGGUGGAUGGCAACGCAGACAAAUAGCUGAAAUGUUAUCACACCUCCUUGAUCAUGGGAAUCAUCCUCGAGUUCGAAUACAAGGAUUUCAACUUUUAUUGUUAUGGAUAAAUGAUCAAACGAUAGAACUUACAGAAUGCAUGCAUUUAUAUGCAAAUGCUAUCUCUUUGGAUUUGUUCUUUUAUGAUCAAAUACGAACUGGGUGUGAUGAUUAUCAAGGAAAAGAAAAUAUGUGGAGGUCUAAAAGGACCAUGUCACUUGGACAAAAAUUAAUCAAAGCUGACGAUAGAGGUGCUUUGUUCCCAAAUCCUCAUCCACCAUCAUUUCAUGAUGCUGUUCAGUUGAUUCAGCUAGAUCUUAGCAGUCUUGUUAGGCUAGCUCAUGUUGCAGCAGGUUCAACACCCCCAUCAGAAAAUUAUGAAUUUCCUGUCAAUGAAAAUAUUGAACCAGAUAAUGGAAUCGCUAUUGGCAUGGGAAUUGAUGCUGCGUUUGCUGCGGCGAAAUUUCAUUUCGAACUGACAAAAAAACAAUAUUUAUCAAUUGUAUUGGGUACAGAAAAUCGGGAAUUUGCUCACGAGAUUGUAAAACAGGCUCUCAUGCUACCAGCUGGCAGUCCAUUAUACAAAGAUAUAGUUAGAGGUGCUGUUCACAUUGUAGGAGUCUGGAUAUUAAGUGGGGUUAAAUGUCAAAGUGAACCAUCAUAUACACCGUUUAACACCCCUUUGUCAGCUACUUCUUUAAGUACAACAUAUGCUAAUGCGAAUGUUUACCUUCGUAGGUAUGUUGUGUUAUUAACACUUGUUUUCGAAGAUCAUUCAUCACUGACUAUUGAUGGAGGAAUGGCAAAUGUCGAAGUUGAAGCACAAGUUUCGAUUUAUCGUGAUGUAUUGGCAUUAUAUCGUUCAAUGAUGGCAGAGGGUCCCAUUGAAUUAGAGCCAGCUACGUGGGAGACGUUACUUUCAUCACUUUUGGUUAUACAAGAGAGGACUAUGAAUCAAUCUGAGAAAUAUGCGCCAAUAUCUACGGUUGCGUUGGCUAACGACUUUGCUGAUUAUCUGGUUGAAACUGUAUUAUAUGCAUUUGCUCGGUCAAAAACUCAACAACUUACAUUAUGGCGUGCACUAACAAACCGAAUGAGCAUUAGUUUGGGAUGGUCGCAAACUAUAUCACAAUGGGCGAAAAUUAUGUUAAGAAUGACGAAGAUAUUAUCAAAAAAUAUUUAUAAUGUAGACCUUGAUGCUGUUGAAUUAAACCGUCGUCUAUUAGAACUAACAACUCCAGAAAGACAUUUUCAUAGACGACGUCCUUCGAAAAAUAAUCGCACACGACAUUUAUCGUUACGCAGUGCAUCUCGGCAUAAAUCUUCGGGUAGUAAUUCAUCGCGUGAGGAAAUAAUGGGUACCGAUUUUUCAGUUUUUGUUAAAACAGCAAACGAGAACCGUAAAUCAGGUCGUAGACCCAUGAGUAUGCAUCAGGACAUUGGUUCAUUUGAAUCAAAGUCACAAGCCCUAUUGAAUAUUGGGGCAACAGUAUUUAGUGAAGUGAAGUCUAAUCGAACAUCAUCAUCUUCAGUAUUUUUUGCUCAGCCUAAUUUUAGCAGUGAUAGGCUUUCGAUAUCAUUAGCUAAUUUUAGGUGUCCAGAUUUUAUUAAUAUUGAAAUGUUAUGUUGGAAUACAGAAAAUGCACUUUUAGUAUGGAAGAAUUUACUUUGUGCAUUAGGGAAUUUGAAUUAUAUUCAGAUUCCACCAAAUCAUUCCGAAGCGAUUAAAUGUAUAGUUGAUAUUUUAGAUAUGCUUAUUUUGAUCCGAAACAAUCAAUAUGGAGAUGUUUCAAUACCUUUACUUUGUGAUUUUGCACCAUGGUUAUUUGAAGCUUGCGAUUUACCUUUGGCAUUCGCACGAGGACGUGCGCUCGCGUAUGCUGGAUUAUGCAAAUUGAUGUCAUGUCGUCACGAUAAAGACUUUGAUGAGAAAUAUUAUUCUCAUUUUUAUCGUGCUUUAUUAAAAGGAUUAUCAGAUCAAGAUUUUUUAAUAACUACUGCAAUUAUUAAUAAUUCUACAAGAUUAUUUUCUCAAAAUCUUCCUGGUUGUAAUAUUCUUUACCGUAGUUUAAUUGUUACAAUCAGGAUUUUGUUGUCAAAACAUCACGAUCAUAUUACGGAUGGGACAUCACAAAAUGCAAUUACUAUACUUUGUUCACUAGUUUGUAUUGUAAAUCAGUUACCUUCUUUGAAGGUUCCAAAUAUAUCUUAUGAACAUUUAACCAAGAUGAACGAGGAAAGUUUGAGUGGAUCCAAAUUUGGUCAAAUUGAUGGUAUAAAAUUUUCCGAGGAAACAAUUAACAAUUAUGAAACACAUAAUAUGUUGCUGUAUGGAUUAUGUACUCUUUCAUUUGAUGAACUUACAUCAACUCCUUGGUCAGAUAAAUUGGUUAUCAAAGGUUGUUUUCAGGCUUUAUUGGAUCAGCUAUAUUGGAGUCAUUUACCAGUUGUUACUGCAGCAGCAGAUUGCUUAAUAACUUUUGCACAGAAUUCUUCAUUAUGGUGUGAAGAUGAUGAGAUAUAUUUUAUGAUUCUGCAAGACGUAUUUGGAAAUUUGAUUGGAGCUUUGAAUGAACAUAUUGCAUUACAAAAAACAUCACACAGAAAUGGAAGAGGUUUUAUAAUAGCCAAAAUAUUUUAUUGCCUUCUUGAAUGGCUAAUGAUUAUCCCUUCAAAUCUUUUUACGGACACAGAAUUAUGUCAACUUGUAUUUGAUUCAAUUGAAAUGGCCUGUGACGUGUCAAAUUCAGAAUCUAAUAAAUUUCAGAAAAAGGCAUCAUCAUAUAAUAGUAAAAGUAAACGGUCAAAUAAUGAUCAUCCAAUAAAAUUUAAAAAAGCUGAGAAAAAAAUUUCAGUUAAUCGUGAGAUGGGGGAUGAUAUUAGCAUUAAUGUUUUUGGAGCCGAUAACUCUGUAGAGGAUGUAAACUUUGUUAAGGACAUCGCAGAAUUUGUUUUGUUACAUUUAACGCACCACUUGGGUAAUUUUUCACCAAUACAUGGACCAGGACCUAUUGGAACUGACACAAAAGAUGAUGAACUUUCAAAUAACUAUCAUUAUUUUUCAUUUAAUGAUACAACAAUAAUAACAUUAGUUGAAAUACCGGGGAAAAGUUCAUCAGGAAAAUAUUCAUGGGAUUCUAAAUUAUUUUAUGAAAAUAAACCUUUCUCCACUUUAAAUACUUUAAAUAAUUUAAUUAAACCUAACAAUACAGUAUGUGAAAAUAUGAUUUUUAGACCAGAUAUUAAACUGGUACCUAAUUAUUCAGGAUUUAAUUCAAGGACAACAUUGUUGAGGAUGGAUGCACAAAAUAUAUCUAGUAAAAUUUUCGAUGGAUUACCUGCAUUGACGGAAAAUUGUCAAUCUGAACGUACUAACAUGUUGGAUAAUAUACUUCAAUAUAUCGGCGAACAAGUGACAUAUUCGCAAUAUGAAGCAACAAAUCAAAUGUAUCCGCAAAGAUCAAUAGAGUUGUCGUCGCUUGAAAAAGAAUUGGAUAGACAUACACAAGAAGAAUUUCUUUAUGACAAGUCUACAGAUCUUCAAGCACAAUCUUGGUAUGACAAUGAUAUUUCGUUAAGAAAUAGCAUAUUACAAGAUGAUAAAAUUAAUAAACUUUCAAGAAAUCCAUUAUAUUCACGAUCUACAUCAUAUUUUUCACUUGGAGCAGAUUUUUCAUUAUCAAAAUCAUUUUUACCAGCUUUGCCACCAGUAGCCGAAAAACAUUUAGAACCAUAUCAGCAAUGUAGAUUGUUUUUAAGUCACUUUGGAUGGUUAACACCAGAAUCAUUAAAUGAUGAUACAAUAUGUGUAUUACAUAAAGGAAAUACAUUAUUUAGGGAUAUUAGAUUAUUAGAUAAAAGGCAUGCAAGAGAAGUAUUUAAAUUUGCUUUGUUAUACGUUGGACCCGGACAAGAAGAUGAACAAAGUAUUUUACAUAAUACAAAUGGAAGUGAAGAAUAUAAUGAAUUUGUGCAAAGUCUUGGAUGGGAAAUUGAUUUAACUACUCACCCAGGUUAUCUUGGCGGGUUAGAAAGGAAUGCUUCAAAUGGAUUAACUGCUAUUUAUUAUUGUACCUCAACUAUUGAAAUUAUAUUUCAUGAUGUAACCAAGAUGCCAACUGAUCCAAAUGAUCCAAAACAAUUAAGAAAGAAACGACAUAUUGGAAAUGAUCAUGUACAUAUUAUAUGGAAUGAACAUUAUAGAGAUUAUCGUAAAGGCACAAUAGGAGGAGAUUUUGGAAAUGCACAAAUAGUAAUAUCACCAUUACCCAAUGGACUAUAUAAUGUUGAUAUUUAUAGAGAUUCAAAAAUACCACCAUUUGGACCAUUAUUACAUGGUAUGAUAAUAUCACGUAGUGUAUUAGGACCAUUAGUUAGAAUGACUGCAAUACAAGCAUAUAGAAAUAGUUUACAUAAUAUUAAUAGUAUUAAUAGUUCAAAUGUCUAUCAACAUCCUUAUAUGGAAAGAGCAGCUGAUAUUCAAAUGAUUAUGAGUAGACACAAAAACAAUAAUUGUAGUACUUUUGAAUCUUUUAUGACUAAAAUAUUUGUUAGUGAAGAUUUACCUGUAUAA